GAAACGGCAGAGCACUGAGAGAUAUCAGGUAUUGAUGUAACUGGAGUGAAUAAGGGAACCUUCCUGAGCACAGACAUUGAAGCCUGUUAUCAGCAUGAACUCAUAUGUGUUAGACAAACACGUCAAUAGUUCAUAUCUAUCCUUCACUACAGUCUUAGACACCAAUGACUAUUCACAAACAUUGGGGAUAUCACAGCAGAUAUUUAGAGAAGAUGGUGAAUUGACUGGAACUGGUCUGCAAUCACUAUGUACAGAGAGUAAUUUAGUCAUCAAACAAGAGGACAACAUUUAUGCCUUAUCUAGUGAAAUUAUUACCCCUGAGGAUAAACCACACACACUUACUGAGUUUUCAAAACAUAUUAAAGAAGGGAAAAGUCUACAGUCUAGCCAAAUGAUUCAAAUAAAGGAGAAACAUUUUCAAUAUACAGAGUGUGAGAAAAGCUUUAGAUGGAAGUCUCAUCUACUAGAACACUCCAAAAUUCACACAGGUGAGAAACCACACACAUGUACUGAGUGCGGCAAAUGUUUUACACAAAUGAAUUAUCUGAACACUCAUGAAAGGAGUCACACAGGAGAAAAGUUAUUCACAUGUACAGAGUGUGGAAAAAGUUUUACACAAAAGAGUGAUCUGAAAACUCAUGAAAGGAGUCACACAGGAAAAAAGCCUUUCAUGUGUACAGAGUGUGGAAAAAGUUUUAUACAAAUGAGUAGUCUGAAAUAUCAUGAAAGGAUUCACAAAGAAGAAAAGCUUUUCACAUGUUCAGAGUGUGCAAAACGUUUUACACAAAAGAGUGAUCUGAAAAAUCAUGAAAGGAUUCACACAGGAGAAAAGCCUUUCACAUGUACAGAGUGUGGAAAUUUUUUUACAGCAAAGAGUAAUCUGAAAAGGCAUGAAAGGAUUCACACAGGAGAAAAGCCUUUCACAUGUACUGAGUGCAGCAAAUGUUUUACACAAAUUCAUCAUCUGAAAACUCAUGAAAGGAUUCACACAGGAGAAAAGUCUUUCACAUGUACAGAGUGUGGAAAAAGUUUUACAGAAAAGAGUACUCUGAAAAUUCAUGAAAGGAUUCACACAGGAGAAAAGCCUUUCACAUGUAGAGAGUGUGGAAAAAGUUUUACACAAAUAAGUGGUCUGAAAUCUCAUGAAAGGAUUCACACAGAAGAAAAGCCGUUCACAUGUACAGAGUGUGGAAAAAGUUUUACACAAAUAAGUAGUCUGAAAUCUCAUAAAAGUAUUCACACAGGAGAAAAGUCUUUCACGUGUGCAGAGUGUGGAAUAAGUUUUAUACAAAUGAGUAGUCUGAAAUAUCAUGUAAGUAUUCACACAGGAGAAAAGCCGUUCACAUGUACAGAGUGUGGAAAAAGUUUUACAAGAAAGAGUGAUCUGAAAAAUCAUGAAAGGAUUCACACAGGAGAAAAGCCUUUCACAUGUACAGAGUGUGGAAUUUUUUUUGCAGCAAAGAGUAAUCUGAAAAAUCAUGAAAGGAUUCACACAAGAGAAAAGUCUUUCACGUGUGCAGAGUGUGGAAUAAGUUUUAUACAAAUGAGUAGUCUGAAAUAUCAUGUAAGUAUUCACACAGGAGAAAAGCCGUUCAUAUGUACAGAGUGUGGAAAAAGUUUUACACAAAAGAGUGAUCUGAAAAAUCAUGAAAGGAUUCACACAGGAGAAAAGCCUUUCACAUGUACAGAGUGUGGAAAAAGUUUUACACAUAUGAGUACUUUGAAAACUCAUGAAAGGAUUCACAAGGGAAGAAACCUUUCACAUGUUUAAAAAGUGGAAAAAAAGGUUUUUAUUGAAAUCAGGUACAGUGUACAAACCUUUUUACAAUUAUCAUAAAGAGGACAAACUCUAAAUGGAAGCAUCAAAAGGAUCCUAUUGUAAAAACUACUUUCUAAAUCCCAGUUAUAAAAGCCCCAGAUUGGAAGUGCUGUCCUUUGUUCCUCUUAUAUGUGCACCUCAGUUUCUCUCAUAUCAAUGUGAUAGAAUCCAAACACCACACAGGAAUAUACAACUCUGUCCUCAUACUGACCAGUUUACACAACCAUUCACCACCAAAGCACCCCCAGUGUUGUUUAUUAAUAUGCCAGUGUUAGGAGUUGUACGUUUGUUUUACAUAGAGGAGAAAAUAAUUAUAUUUACAGAAUAAAGGAGUCUUUAUAUGAAUAGAGUGUUAUAAAAAUAUAUAAACAAGAAUAUCAGCCUCAAAUGAUUGACAUCUGGGAGAUAUAUUUAAUGUGCACAUCAUGUGGAUAAACCUUUUCUUAUAGCAAUAGAUGGUUAACAUUAUACAUGUUAUACAUAAAAAAAAAGACACUUAAACACACAUUUGUUAGCUUUUGUGUUUGGUUUAUCACUUAUUUUAUUCACAGGAAUCUGCCCGACUCCUAUUUUUUUCUCUACACAAUAAAUGUGAUUGUUUUAUUAGAA